AUCAAUCGAUCUAUUUAACUUUGAAUUUUAGCAUAUCCCGAGUUUAUUUUCGAUUUAAUUCAAUAUUUGUGGCUUGGCUGGCAAACUUGAUUUCGGGCUUGUAGACCUAAUUCGCUUUAUUUAUUUAUUUUAAAUAUCAGUUAUUGCUAUGGUUUAACGGUUAAUUUUCUGUCUGCUUCUGUUAAAUUCGAAGGUGAUACAUAAUGGAUUGCAGAUGGUAUGGCAGCAAACAGGAAACUGUUUCCCAUGAUGAAAGUCAACAAGAUAGGAACCAGGUGGCAUGCUAUUGCAUCAUGGACUUGGGAUGCUCAAGACGAAACAUGUGGGAUCUGUAGGAUGGCCUUUGAUGGCUGCUGUCCUGAUUGCAAACUCCCUGGCGAUGAUUGUCCAUUAAUCUGGGGUGUAUGCAACCAUGCUUUCCAUCUUCACUGCAUCUUGAAAUGGGUGAAUUCACAGAUUUCCCAAGCACAUUGUCCUAUGUGCCGCAGAGAAUGGCAAUUUAAAGGAUGAUGAAUUCUUCUGUUGUAUGAUUGAUGGCCUUUUCUUUGUGGUUGUCAAUCCUGUUUCUCCUUGGCGGCUCUUCUGGCGAACUCCAGAAAGAUGAGCUUGAAGCUUCCAAUAGUUAAAUGUCUAUUCGAAUCUGUCGUUUCUUGAUCUCUCUUUUAACUUUUAGUUGACAUUAAAUAUUUGAGCCUACGCAAGUGAAACAGCACAGUUUUUAGCUUCUGGUAAAUUAUUGUGGAUGUUGGAGGAAAGGAGAAGGUAUCAGAAUAGGAGUGAUCAUUAUUGGUAUUGAGCAGGAAGACAAAUACAGAGCAUUUCGGUUGCAAGUUUCAUUUGUCUGUCUGGUUUGUAAGCUGCCCUGCUGCUACUAUUAUCUUGUACGAUAUGUGUCAUUAUCUGCUCCCCACCUUCGCAAUGAUUGUCAUUAACAACAAAGCAUUCAGCUAAAUGGUGGCACUUCCAUCUGAGCUAUGAUGCCACCGUUGGAAAAUGUAGAUAAUGCUAAAACUGGAGCCAACUCUUAAAACUAAAGCAGAGAAUAAAGUAAAGUAAUUUAGGUGGGACGCAUAGCAUCUUCCUUUGUUGUUUUGUUCUGCUUUUGUAAAAGCUUAUCUUUUUCUUUUCUUAGCCUGAAAGCCACCAAAUUAACUUAUCAACUUGGGAUUAUACUCUACAACUAGGAAAUUCCAUAAAUAAAGUUUGCAAGGCUCUAAAAGCUUUUAUUUGCUCUUGUAAAUGUUCCACAGUACAUUCUGUUGGAAUAGCCAUUUGAUUCCGUGAAAAGUAUAUAUCCAACAAAAGUUCAACAUACCUUAAACCAACAAGUCAAAGGGAUGAUAGGAGUAAAGAAAACGAAGACAUGAUGACAAAGAAAUAUAUAUCAUCACUUGCAUAAUUCAAAGAGACACUAACAUCAAACAUGAUAAUGGGCAACUCAUUGCCCUACCGACAACAAAUCCACCCUCUUUAAUUACACUGAAUUAAUAGGUAAAAUUAACAAAAGGGCAAUUAAAUAAAUUGUCAGAAAUUUAAAAAAAAAAA